AUGGCCGACACCGCAAAGAUCUCGGAGCUUAUGAACAAGCCCCGCGACCAGUUGACCGAGUAUGAGAUUGCCCAGCUCGAGGAGCACGAAUUCACGUCCGGCCCGCUUUCCCUCCUUCAGACGGCUGUGCGUUCGCACACGCAGGUCCUGAUUUCGUGCCGCAACAACCGCAAGCUCCUCGCUCGUGUGAAGGCCUUCGACAGGCAUUGCAACAUGGUCCUGGAGAACGUCAAGGAGAUGUGGACCGAGAAGCCAAAGCUUGCCAACGGCAAGCCUGGCAGGGCUGUCAACAAGGAUAGGUUCAUCAGCAAGAUGUUCCUUCGUGGCGACUCCGUCAUCCUGGUCCUCCUCAGCUAA